GUACUUCUGAGUUCCCUCGGUGGGACAUUCCCUUGGAAGGAAAGAUGGGAAAGGUGUUGCUGUGGGUCGCUUUGGCCAUUCUGGUGCAGUUGCAGCUGGGCUCUGCCUACAAACUUGUGUGUUACUUCACUAAUUGGUCUCAGUACAGGCCAGAACCUGCCAAGUACUUCCCAAACAAUGUGGACCCAAAUCUAUGCACCCACUUGGUCUAUGCCUUUGCAACUAUGAAUCAAAAUAAGAUUGCCCCAUAUGAAUGGAAUGAUGAAGAUAGACUCUUCCCAGAAUUUCAAGCACUAAAGAAAAGAAACGACAAACUUGUAACCAGCCUGGCUAUUGGAGGGUGGAACUUUGGCACUCAGAAAUUCACUGAAAUGGUUGCCUCACCAGUUAAUCGUAAAACGUUCAUUGACUCGGUGAUCGCAUACCUCCGUAAGUUUGGGUUUGAUGGGAUCGACCUGGAUUUUGAAUACCCAGGUUCUAGAGGUAGCCCCCCCGAGGACAAACAUCGCUUCACCAUCUUGAUUCAGGAAAUGCUGGAAGCCUUUAAAGCUGAGGCUGCAAGCACUGGACUCCCAAGGCUGUUGGUUACCGCAGCGGUAUCUGCUGGCAAAGGAACUAUUGACGCUGGAUAUGAAAUUGCUGAGAUAGGGAAGCUUCUCGAUUUCAUCAGCGUGAUGUCCUACGACUUCCAUGGAGGCUGGGAUUCCUUCACAGGGCACAACAGCCCGCUCUAUGAAGGCUCUGCCGACUAUGGUGACUUCAAGUACUUCAACUGUAAAUAUGCCAUGGAAUACUGGAACGAUAACGGUGUCCCAGCCGAGAAGCUCCUGAUGGGAUUCCCCACCUACGGGCGUACCUUUAGGCUUAGCAGCAGUGACACAUUUGUUGGUGCCCCAGCCUCUGGGGCUGGGUCUUCUGGGCCUUACACCCGGGAAGCUGGUUUCUGGGCUUAUUAUGAGAUCUGCACAUUCCUAAAGACUGCUCAGGUACGAUGGAUUCAGGACCAGAAAGUCCCCUAUGCCGUUAAGGGGAAUGAAUGGGUUGGAUAUGACAACAUGUGCAGUUAUAAACACAAAGUCAAAUACUUGAAGGAGAAACAUUUUGGAGGUGCCAUGGUGUGGGCUAUUGACCUGGAUGAUUUCCAGGGCUCUUUCUGCAAUGAAGGAAAGUAUCCUCUAAUAAGUGAGCUGAAGAGACUCCUCGAAACAAAAGAUCCGAUUGUGCCCAACUGCCCGACAGACAUCCCUCCACCAGACCCCACGCCUUCUCCAGAUGACAGUACAACUACCUCUCCAGUUAUUCCCCCAACUGAGGGGGGAGAUGGUUCAUUUUGUGCUGGUAGACAAGAUGGUACCUAUGCCGACCCCAAAGAUAAUACAAAAUUCUACGUAUGUGCUGGAGGCAGGACUCACCACUUUACCUGUGCAGCUGGCCUCGUCUUUGAUGAGAGCUGCAAGUGCUGUAAUUAUCCAAAAUAUUAACCCCAGUCCCAGCUCAGAACAAACACUGAUGAGUAACAUACUGUAACUCGAAUCAUUCCCGGCAGAAUCCCUCUUGCCCUAUUAAAAAAAGCCAAGUGGUGGCAAUAAGGCACUAAUAUGUGUGUUGUCUGUCUGCUGUGUGAUUGGUGAC